AUGCAUUUCCUGUCACUCUUUGCUUCGUCAUCAGCACUGUCAAUCCUCAUCGGUGCACUCGCUUUUCUGCCCCAGACAGUCGCUCAGGAUCGCACUACUGAGGAGGGAGAGGCUCAGAUUUCAGAUCCCAACGUAGAAUGUACCCCUUACACUUACCCGCCAGUUGCUCAAGCACAAAACCAGUUUCCCCCGACUUGGACGGUGGCCACCAUCCUGCCCAAUGAUUCUGCGGCACAGAAUCGGUACAACAGCAUUCAGAGCCAGGUUCCAAACAUCUCGCCGAAGGGAACUCAGCCACAGUCCCUUUCUGGCGACUUCGGUGGCUUUUCGUACCCUUCGAACGACCCAGACUGUUGGUGGACUUUUAGUCAUUGUGUGACCCCAAAAAUGGCAGGAAUUCCGGAUGAUAUCGUCACCGUUCCAGAGCCGGGUACUUUGGGCUACGGUUUUGACGACGGUCCAUACUGUGGACACAACGGGUUCUAUGACUUUUUGCAAUCGCAGAACCAGACAGCUACUAUGUUCUACAUCGGUAGCAACAUCAUGAACGUACCCCUAGAAGCUCAACGUGGGUUAGCUGAUGGUCACGAAAUUUGCGUCCAUACUUGGUCCCACCGGUAUAUGACUGCAUUGACGAAUGAAGAGGCUUUCGCUGAACUCUAUUACACUAUGCAACUGAUGGAGCUGGUUAUUGGCGUAACGCCAACUUGCUGGAGGCCACCCUAUGGCGAUGUCGACGAUCGCAUUAGGGCAAUUGCGGACGCUAUGGGUUUACGAACUAUCAUUUGGCAGUAUGAUUCAAGUGACUGGCUUGGGAAUGCCACAGUAACCGAUGGCAAUUACCAAGCCCUCGUCGACGCAGCGGCAAGCGGUACUUUCGAUGAUGUUGGCACGAUCUUCCUUACCCACGAACUAUCGAACUUUACGAUGUCUGAGGCAAUCAAGUGGUAUAGCAACCUAACAUCCGUGUUCAAACACCUCGUUCCUGUAGGUGUGGCGCUCAACAUAACCAAGCCAUACGUCGAGGAUGGGUACACCUUACCCACUUUUGCGCAAUACGUCAACGGCACACAUGUCGGGUCGAUCACUGGGAGUGCCAAUGGGACAGCGGGUGAUAGCGCAAAUACAACAGUUUCGACUGCCUCGCAUACCGCAACUGCGACAUCAAGCACUCCUACUGCAGGAACGAAUGCUGCUCAAGUUGUUCCUGUCAAAUCAGUGGGUUGGCUAGUCCUCACUGUCGCGUUAGUGGGCAGCAUGCUUUGUGCAUAA